AUGCAGUCAACAGUGCUUUCAAUACAUAUUAGAUGGCAAAUGAAAAAACUCGACACCAGUCAAUUUGCUAAACAACUUGAUUUAAGAAAAUAUUUACAACAAAAUCAUAACCAACUUAUAUGGAAACAAAGAAUCAACAUAAUUGUACACAUAAUCCAAGCAGUUUCACGACUUCAUCGUGAAAAUUCUAUUCAUAGAGAUUUGCAUUCAGGAAAUAUAUUAUAUUCUGAAUAUACUGAACAAUGGUAUAUUAGUGAUUUUGGAUUUUGUGGACCUGCUGAUAAACCAUUAGGAAGUAUAUAUGGGAAUCUUCCUUAUAUAGCACCCGAAGUUAUAUUUGGAAAAGGAUAUACUUUUGCAUCAGAUAUUUUUAGUAUCGGUAUGCUUAUGUGGGAGAUUUCAUCUGGACAACCACCUUUUGCUGGUUUGGAACAUAAUUAUGAUCUAGUAAUGAAAAUAAUGAAUGGAGUGAGACCAAAAUUAGUACCAGGAACUCCAUUGGAAUAUGCAAAUUUAAUAGUACAAUGUUGGGAUGCUGAUCCAUUAAAGAGAUAUGAUAUUGAUACCCUUGAUGAUAAAAUUAAAGAAAUACGAAAAUCUUUACGGAAAAUCGAGACCGUUACAGUAUCUGGAAAGUUAAAUAAAUUAAUUUCUGAUGGUACCACGUUACGCCUUGGAAUUAGUAAUGGUGGUUGGGACGCGAUAUUUAGCGAAAGUGCGGAUUUUUGUGCUGUACAAGGAAAUCCUUGUCCCGCUGGUCCUGGUACAAAAUUAAUACGUCGGUUAAAUCUAAUUUACGAAAUAACAAGACACCUGGACCUUUUAAGGUUUUGGUUCGUCUUGAAAUCGUCUUGA